CCAGCUCCUCCCAGCUCAAACAUCGCUGGUCAGACUCAGAAACUGCCAGGGAGACCCCGGCCAAGAGGAUGAGCUGCAGCUACUUGCUUUGCACUAUCCUGCUUUUCGUGGCUGUAUUGCUGGCUGUCACUGUAACUGGCACCAUCCUUUUUAUGAACCACUACCAGGCCCCACCCAUGUCCGAUGGCCUACCCCACAUUUCCACCAAUCAGGAUGAAGCCAAUGCCCUGGUCACUGUUGAGAGAGGGGAUGGAUCUCGUAUCAAUAUCUUCAUCGACCCUAACUGUCCUGACUACAACAGUAACUUUUUGCGCCUGGAGGGUGUGCAGACAUCACUGCUCCACUCACUAACCGACCACGACUCUGACCUGAAGUCAGUGAAAGGCCAGGAUCGGGCUCUUCUCGUCAGUCUGGCUGAAGAGGUGGCCAAGCUGUCAGCCCAUGCGGGGCAGCUGAAAAUGGACUAUGAAUCCUUACGCAGGGGGCAGGGCAGCCUUGGGCAAGACCUUAACACACUGCAAACAGAGCAGGGACGCCUCAUACAGCUGCUGUCAGACAGCCAGAUCAACAUGGUUAAGGUAGUGAACUCAGUGAGUGAUGCUCUUAACGCCAUGCAGAAGGAGAACGUGGGCCUGAAGGCUCGUGUCAAGGCCGACUUGCAGAGGGCACCAGUCAGAGGGGCCCGUUUCAAGGGCUGCUCCAAUGGUAAAGGCUCGCGUCCCCGUGACUGUGGCGAUCUGUACGCCAGUGGACAGAGAGAGGAUGGCAUCUACUCCGUGUUUCCUGUUCACCACCCUGCAGGCUUUCAGGUCUACUGUGACAUGACCACAGACGGAGGAGGCUGGACAGUAAUCCAGCGCAGGGAGGAUGGCUCGGUCAACUUCUUCAGAGGAUGGGAGUCCUAUCGUGAAGGAUUUGGCAAAAUCACUGGUGAACACUGGCUCGGGCUGAAGCAGAUCCAUGCCCUGUCCAUCCAGGGAAACUAUGAGCUACGUAUAGACUUGGAGGACUUCGAAAAUAGCACCGCAUAUGCCCAAUAUGGCACCUUUGGAGUAGGCCUCUUCUCAGUGGACCCUGAUGAUGAUGGAUACCCUUUGACUGUGGGAGACUAUUCCGGCAAUGCAGGUGACUCUCUACUGAAACACAAUGGGAUGAAGUUCACCACCAAAGACAGGGACAACGACCACUCGGAGAAUAACUGCGCCUCUUUCUACCACGGUGCCUGGUGGUACCGCAACUGCCACACCUCCAACCUUAAUGGCCAGUACCUGCGCGGUCAGCACACCUCCUAUGCCGAUGGCAUCGAGUGGUCCUCCUGGACUGGCUGGCAGUACUCCCUCAAGUUUUCAGAGAUGAAGAUACGACCUACCCGUGACCCAGAGAAUAAAUGAGAAAGACAAAAGAGAAAGAAGAAGACAGAUUUGUUUUGUUUUUUUUGAAACAUUAACAAACCACAAUUUCUGACAGCUAGGUGGAGUUACUUGUCUUGAUAUUGUUUAUUCGCUAAAAAAUACCUCCUUUAAGUUUAGUUGACUCUGCUGUUUGCCUCCUGAUGUCUCUCUCCCUUUUUGCUCCUCUACCUCCAUCACUCAGCUACAAGGGUCAUGCUGGCUACCAUUAUCCUUCUUCCUAGUCCCUUUCUUGAAAAAAUAAUGUAACCAUUGUCCCUUUAUUUAGAAUUUUUCACAAGAACAGCUUACCAGAGCUCCAAAACCACUGCACUAGUCUGACAUGGUGGCCCAACCAUUUUCUGCAGAAUCACACACCAGCGAUUUUGUUCUGACAUGCAACCCUGACCCCUCAUCUUUGCUGACAUGGCACUUAGAUUGUGUUUCAGUCUCACUGGCCAUUGCUGUGUGAUCUGUGAAUGGAGAGGGUUGCUCCAAAUAUAAUAGAAAGAGAAAAGCUCUUCAUGAAAUAUGAACAGGAGACACAAAUCCUCCUUACUCCCCUUGCAAAGGAAGAGUUUCACCAGUGAGAAGGAACAGCGCAGUUGUACACUAUGUCACAUUUACAUCCUUGAUCCGUGUGAAUGAGACCCAGCAGGGUAGUGGCAAGAAGUGAUAAUGAGAGGGAGACAGAGACAGAGAGAAUGAAGAAACAAUUUGACAAGAGUUAAAUUAGUUCAAGGAAAGGGGGGCAGAGUGAAUCAAAGGGGAGAGAGUACGUGAAAGAAGAGGAGGUGCAAGAAUGAAACAGAGAAAUGAGAAAAAGAAAGAGACAACGGAGGAUCUCAUUCAUCUGACUUGGGCCAUUAGGGAGCAUAUUGGGCACUUUGUCUGAUCUGCCUGCCAGCUGAGUACUGGCCAACUGAUGCAGCACUCACAGAUGGUAACCCAGCACUUUGUGUGUGUGUGUGUGUGUGUGUUUGUGUACACGUGCGUAGGGGUGUGCGUGUAUGUGUGUGUCUACGACGGAGAGAGAACACACUAUCAAUUUCCUGUCAUGAGUUCAGUAGAGCGUCUCGACUGACUACAAUGUUUAGCACAGACAGACUAAACCUGAUGCAUGGCUGGCAUACCUUCAGUCUCUCCAUCUAAGUAGUUAACAUGAAAUUACAAAACCUGUAAUGGAUGUAAUAGGAAGGAAAAGACACGGACAACCAUUUGAAGCAGAAAAAUGGGUUCACAGAAUGAAAGAGGAAUCAAAGACUAUGUCACACCUACCCCGUUGAUCUUAUUUUUGCCAACCACCGCCAUUCCCACCUCUCUGGUUUGUCUUUUUUUUUUUCUUUCCAGAUGAUUACUAUGGGAUUUGUUUGUGUGACACAGUUUCUGUUGUCAUGCAAACUGAGAGAAAGUUGCUGUAAAAUAAGAUUUGAUGCUCUAAACCACUGUCUUUUUCUUCUGAGUAGGAAUUCUACAAUGUGUUAUGGCAAAAACAAAAUUGCCUAAAGCAAACAAACAAAACAAAAAAAACAAUGACAGAAAAACAAAAAAAUGUCAUGACGAAAAAACACAAAGGCAACCUGUGGGCAGAAAAUAGUGCAAUUCUGAUUUUUUCUCUCUCUCUUAUUUUUAAGUCGAUGAAUCAACUUUUUUCAGUUUCAUCGAGUUUGUUUGGAUGUACUUAAAGCUUUAAAAAAAUACCUGUAGAUUUUAUUGUACAGUGUGUAUGACUUUUAGAGCAUGUGAAGCUGUUUUCUUACUAUGCUAAAACACAAAGAGUACUCAAGCACAUGGACUAAAGAAAAUCCACCAUUUAAAAAAUUCAGAUGUACUUACAGAACUCUUCCCCUUCCUCUGCCUGAACGACAGGUGGGAGUGGCUUGUGCCGCUCUUAAGGUCGAAUACGAGCGAAGAGGAAGAAGGCGAUUAUCCCUCAAGCACAUGCCCCUUUCAAAAAUGCAGCACAAAUAUAAAUCUUUUACGGAGGCACAAUACGAGAGAGAUUUUGAACUUCAUGGCACAUCAGCUGCCUUGCUGGACAAGCAAGCGAUCUUUCUGACAUCUUAGCUUUGGAAAGUCCUGUGGCACUAGAAGGCAGUAUUGAAUGUGUGCUGAAAGGUGUCACCCCAGCUGACAGUGAGUUAAAGUGUAGCACCGAGCAAUGUUGCACUGAAUACCUCUGACACUGGAACAGCUGUGAGUUUUUCUAUUAUCACCGGUGCUUGGAGGGAUUUCCCAUUGCUGCGUGUGUUUCUGCAGCACCUCGGCUGUGUACAUGCAGCUAUACAUCAUGUCUCUGUGGACUACUGUCACCUCUCUUCAACAUAAAAGCACAGACACAUGUUACAAAUGAUAGCUGAUGUUAUGAUGGCACUGAGUGUGAGGUGUAAUAACAACAGAGGAUAUAGCAAAUUUAAAAGAAGUUGGAACUCAUUUAAGGAGAAGGAACGGGACUGCGCGUGAGAACGUGUGUGUGUGUGUGUGUGUGUGUGUGUGUGUCUGCGCUACACAGCGGGUGUGGGUGUAUGUGAGCGGGUGUGUGCGUCUACAGUGUCCGUGUGUACACAUAUAUGUACAUGCUUUGGUUUGUACAUGACCAUGUGCAUGAGCCAGACGACAGAGCGGGAGGCUGAGUGCGUCUCUCUGUGGAAGUAAUGUGAUGCUUAUGUACAACUUGCCUCCCCUGCUAUUUGUGUUGAUAACGGAGAGAUUUACAUAAUUAUAAUGAACUAUUACUUAUUGUGAUUGUGAACCCAUAAGAGUGGACACCACAUUCUGGUACUGUGUUGAACUGCGCUGGUACCCUAAAACCCUGAAAACCCACUCCCAAAAUCUUUACUCCCCAACACAACGUUGUGCUCACUGUAUAUGUUAAUGCUAUGUUGCCCCUUGUUAUUUAAAUGUAAAAAUGAGUAUUAUUUGCCAUACCCCUUUCUGUGUUUUUGUUGAGUGGAUGUCUUUAUAAUCACUCUCUCUGCUGUAGCUUGCUAAGUCUCCAACGGAAGAGAUGAUAAAAAAGUGAAAUCAGAGGCUCUAAUCACUCCAAGUUAUCCUGCUCAUUACAGUGCAUCAGCACGCUCCUGGUCGAUUCCCAGUCCCCAAACCUUCUAUCUUUUUUACCGUGUACCUUCUUAAUUGCCUUAGCCUCUGCUGCCAAUUCCCCCUCACUCCAUACUGUAGCUCCUAAUUUCUCCUCUCUUCUCUUUCCAGCUCCUGACUCCCUGCCUCUGCCUCUUUUUUGCUCUACUUUUUGCCCCACUCUCUCCCUGGCCCUGAGUACAUCCAUUCCUUCAGUCCCAGCGCAGAACUAACUCUCUUUUCGUUUUUUUCUCUUUUUGGUGAAGUACUAUAGAUUGUUUUGCUGAAUCUUGAUACUGUGUUUUAAUGUUCUUCAACGUCAACAUUUAAUAAAC